AUGGCAAGAGAACUCGUAGAUGAAAGAAGUACCUCUUUUGCAGCUCAUAAGAGAAGAAAGACAACAGAUUCAGUAGGUCCUCAACCUGAAAAUGCCACCAUUGUGGAUAGCCAGCCUGGCAAGGAUCCUUCUCCAUUUAAAUUCACAUGGAGAAUUGAAAGAUUUUCUUGGAGGAACGAGAUAAAGCUCUGUUCAGAUGUAUUUGAUGUUGGGGGCUAUAAAUGGCAUGUAAUUAUUUUCCCAGAAGGGGACAAUGCGAUGGACCAUUUGUCCAUGUAUUUUGGCGUUGCAGAUUCAGAAAAUUUGCCCAACGGUUGGAGUAUUUAUGCACAGUUUACCAUGUCUUUAGUUAAUCAAAUCAAUGCUGAGGACUCUGUGACAAAAGACUUGCGGCACCGAUUCAAUGAACAAGAAUGUGAUUGGGGCGAGCCGUCCUUCAUACCUCUUGAUGAAUUAUCUGAUCCUUCAAGAGGGUAUGUUGUGAAUAAUACUCUUGUAGUUGAAGUUGAGGUAACACGCAAUGUGGAUGAGAAAGACAUCGCUGACCAUGUAAGGGAGAGGUUGAAGAAAGACCAGAAAGUACAAAAGCACAAAAAUAAAGAAAACACAGAGGCUCACCUCUACACUAUUAUAAGGGUGGUACGAGAUGAAGACCUUGCACAACAGAUUGGAAAGGAUAUAUAUUUUGAUCUUGUUGACCCUGACAAAGUGAGCAGUUUUCGUGUUCCCAAGAAUACGACAUUUAAAGAUUUCAAGAAAUUGCUUGCUAAAGAGUUUGACAUACCGGCUGGAUUCCAGCGCUUUUGGUAUUGGGCAAGGAGUCAAAACCAUACAUAUCGUCCUAUUCGGCCAAUGAGACAAACAGAGGAAGCAAGAAGCGUUGGACAAAUUGUAUUGUUUUUGGAAGUCGAGCGUGGACCGGAUUUACGCCCCAUGGCACCAGUACCAGUCACUAUGAGAAAGCAUGACAUAUUACUUUUUUUCAAGUUAUAUGAUCCUGAAAAAGAAGAGCUGCGUUAUGUUGGAAGGCUCUUUGUUAACUGUUAUAGUAACCCGUCAGCAAUUUUAGCAAGGAUAAAUAAAUUGGCUGGUUAUGAUCUUGAUGAAGAGAUUGAACUUUAUGAGGAAAUUGAGUUUGAACCAAAUGUUAAAUGUGAUCCUGUUGACAAGAAAUUAACAUUUACAGAAAGCAAGUUGAACAAUGGUGCUAUUAUAUGCUUUCAGAAAGCUUCUGCAGUGGAUAACGAGAAACAUUUCCGCUAUCCCGAUGUGCCUUCAUACAUGAAAUAUGUGCACAAUCGCCAGGUUCCUAUUUGUCUCUCAGACAUAGAACCCAAAGAUGAAGAAUCGUUAGAGGAGAAAAACGAAAAUAUUAUAUCCGAAGAAACAAAUGUUGACAAAAACAUUGAAGCUCAACAGUCAAAAGGGGAAAAUGAAGGUACCAGCAAAUCCAACACUUCAAAAUUAGUCAGCAUAGACUCUGAAGAAUUUGAUGCUAUGGUAGAUGAGGAUGUCAUUGCGGCAAUUGACAGAGUUUUAUCGGAAGGGAUUACUCUUUCCUUAAAAUCCCAGCAUUCUGUCCAAGGACGAGAAUACUCAAAACGGGAUCCCAAUCUCCCUGAGCAACUUCUUCAGGAAUUAAGGGAUAUUGCUUUUAAAGGAGACUUGGUUGAAAAACUUAAAGAAGGUCUCACUUCUAAAGUUAAUUUCAACGCAGUCAAGGAAAAAAUUGACGCUAAUGCUGAUGCAUUUUCCUCUCUCCAAUUAGAACAAGUCGGUGCUGUUGUUAACCUUCUCAACAACAUUGUGAGGAUGCUUGAAAAAAUUGAAAAUUUGAAAAAAGAGCGAAACAUAGCCAAGAAGAGCACUGACCAAGAUAGUGAAGCAUUGAAGGAAACCAGACAGAAAAUAUUGAACUCAAUGACUUCCUUUACAAACGACCAAACAGAACUCAACUCUCUUGAUGCUCAGAUUGCAAAACUACAAGAAGACAGGGCCAAAAUUGCUGAGAUUCAAGAUCAAGAGAAAGAUAAGAUUACAUCUUUGAAUAAAGAUGUUAAGUCAAUUUUCCAGCACCUCGUUGAUGAUCAAAUCAAGUUGAAAAGUGUUGGAAGAUCAAAUUCCGGAAACUCAAUCUGAAUUGGAAGGUUAUGAGAAGCUCUUUCAAAUCUUCAAGAAAAUCCCUCCAUUUUGAUUUAUGUAUUUGGUUAGCCUUUUUUACCACAACAUUUUUACUUCAAUACCAAUUUAGCUUAUCAGAAAACACAUUUUCUACUGUGAAUUUUCCUUCCUAAUUUGAAGACUAUUUCUUAGACUGUAAGGCUUCAAUUAUGUAGGCUAAUCUUAGAAUAUGGUUCAUGAAUUUUGAAAUCCAUUAUGCAUAAUUGCAUGACUAAUUAUUAAUGUUAGUAUCAUGCAGUCUUUCUGCAUUGUAGGACAA